GAGAGAGAUGAGUCUGCCACUGACGGGGAAUAUCUGCUAUUUUUCCACGUUGCAGGAGGCUGCAGGACCGGGAUCCAGGCUUAGGCACCACCACAGAGCCCCUAGCUGGAAUCAUGCAGUCCUUUAGAGAGCGGAGUGGUUUCCAUGGCAACCAGCACUGCUACCAACAGGAACCCCAGGAAUUAUCACGCCUUGAGAGUUAUAGACAUCAUCACAGCCAGUCCAGACAAGGCUAUGAGGCACACUCACUAGCUGCUGUGGGGAUGUCAACAGCAGGAGCGAGUCCUAAAGACUGUUAUGGGCAGCAGACCUAUCCCGUCUACACCAGCAACAGUGCUACUCAGACUAAAAAACCUUACAGAGGAGCUAAAACUCCAAACCAGCACCUGCAGGCUGGCUACAGCAAUCACAUGGGCCCUGGAUACUCAGCCCAGUAUAUGAGUGAAGGUCACUUGCAGCAAAAAUGGGAUGAGUCUGCUCAGAUGACCCAGUUUGAGCAGGACAUGGUGGGACGGCUGGAGUCGGGAGUCAGUGGGUCAUCCCAGUACCUAGAGCAGAACAUGCUAGCUAUCUCUCAGAGUCAGUGCCAUCUCCCCUCCCAGUCCCCUGCCCCUGCCUAUACAAGCCCCCAUCAACAGGGCCUCCCACCAAAUCCUGCACAGUCUCCUUUAAUGUAUCCCCAGGGCCACAUUAAUUUCCCUCAGCACUCUCAACCAACUUCCUCCACCUCUUCAUCAUCAUAUAUGGAGAAAUGUAAUCCAAUGCCCCAUGGCUACAAAGGCUAUGGUAUUUCAUCUCAUGCCCAGUAUGGAAGACAACACAGUAAUCACAGCAGUCUAAAGCAGAGUGGAUACAGACCUCAGAAUAAUUAUGGUUACCAGCAGACUCCCUCAAGGUCUGGAUUUGAACAGGGCUCCAUGCAAGGUAUGUCUGGUACACAGGAGAACCUUCAGAAAUUUCAGCACUAUAAUCAGCCUCAGCAAAACUACUGUAUAACAGAUAUUUCUGUAAGGUCUCCAGAACAAUACUAUCAGACCUGCAGCCCAAGUUCGAGUCACUCACCUGCCAGGUCUGUGGGAAGAUCACCCUCAUACAAUUCCACACCAUCCCCCUUAAUGGCAAACCCUGAUUCAUUCCAGUAUGGCCAGCCUCCCAUCAACCCUGGGGCUUCCACAUCCACAAGUCUACAAGAACCAAACAUGCUGAUGCCCCCUCAUACCCACACAUCACCCAGUGUGAACCACCAGUCCCAGAGCUAUUCUAGCUCCAUGAAAGAGCGAUUCUCUGAAAAGCUCCUGUCCAACCCAAGUUUGUGGAGCCUCAAUGCCCUGACAUCUCAGGUUGAAAACAUCUCCAACAAUGUCCAGCAGCUGCUUCUCUCUGAGGCCCUUAUGGCUAAAAAGUCUGGCAAGCGAAACCAUCCGAAAAGAGGAGAAGACUAUCGAGGCCAGUUAAAGAGUAUGGAAGAUUCAUCUUGUCCUGAUAACCAACAUGGUCCUCCUCCAUCUGAUUCUUACAUCAUUCCCAGGUCUAUGACAGCAGAAUUGCAAGAGGGAGGAUACUCCAGCAGUACUGAGGACCAGAUGGACAGGAGCUAUUACUAUUUCGGUCAGGACAAAGGUCAUGCACACACCCACACACACUCGCGACUUAGCCUCGAUGCAGUAUCUUCCUGCUCUGUAAACUCAGCAGAUGAUAUGUCUGUCAGGUCAGGUGACUCAGUUCGAAGUCUACAGAGUGUAGCCUCUGACGACAAUAUCAAUUGUGACCCCAGAGUACAGAGAGUAAUGACUGGAGAGGAACCCAACAGCUCUCUCAUGUGUAUUAGAGAUGAGAGGUCUCCCAUGUGUGUAACAGCCCCAAGUCCUAUAAAGCAGGAGAGUAAUUCACCACCAGACAUAAAGCGUUCAGAAAGCACUCUAAAAGAGAACUUUGAGGAGUCAGCAUGGACUGAGAGGAUUGCUGAUGAGGAGGAAAUUGAACAAAGAAAGAAUGAGUGCAAAGGAGAGGUCAUUGAGAAGCCACAGAAGUGGUUGGAGGAUGAGAAAAGUCCUUCUCUUUUUCAUAAAAUAAAUAAAGCAGUAUUAGAAGAAGGUUACUUAUAUGAAACAGAAGUCUACCAAGGGCUGCAAAAUAAAUAUGAUUCAGAUAAAGGAGACUCAACAGACAUGGACUGUUUUUCAGACCUUAAUCACAAAGGAAAUGAAGGCACAGAAAUAAAGUCUAAGAAUUUCAAAUCAGAGCCACAGCCCAAUGUUGAAUCUCAUGGAAAAAUAUCACCAGGCCAUUCAGGCACUGAUCUGUAUUUGCCAGAGAAAGAAGAAAAGAAUUCAGUAGAGAGCCUUAUAAGCACAGAGGAACCAAUGGACACCCUGGAGGAGCAACAGUCUGUCCUCUCCUGUAAUUCUACUGAGGUGAGAGAUGAAAAGGAGAGUCUUACAACCUCAGAGGAGGUCAUUAAUAAUAGAGAAACACCACAGGAGUCCUUUGCAGAAGUAUGCAGUACAUUUGAAGAGAUGGAAAAUGUGCCCCAAGCCAACACUGAAACUGCAGAAAGCUUUGCCCAGGACACACCAUACAGAGGCAGUGAAAGGAGGUCAGCUUUAUGUGACAUUGCACCUCAGCCUCACACUGCCAUGAGUGGCUUCUCAACUCUCAAUGAGAAAAUAACACCUCUGGCUCAGGCUAGAGAACAUCACAUUGAUCGCAGUGAUGCAAAGGUACUGGAGCCUGACUCUCCUCAAUUGCCAGGCAAGUCAAUACUGCACUCUGCACCAUCCUGGGCUGACACCCCACCCUCCCCCAAGAAAGGGGAUGAGGACAUGGAACUGGGUGUAAGCUGUCCCAGCGCAGUGACUCCCUCAGCCAAACCAGAGCCAUUGGCCCAAUCUGCACAUACAAGAAUGUUUGGUAAGAAGCAUGCACGGGGCAGGAGGAGACUAAUGCAUUCAAGCAUAGGGAUCAGAAGGCAGCUAAGUGUGGAAGGAGACAAAUCUCCACCUUCUGCCCAAAAUCCCAGUUUGCUCUCCAGCAAAAGCAUGCUUAUUCAUGAUCAGAUGGAAACUGCCCACAAGGAUAUUAGCAGUCAAACACAAAAACUUUCGGCAGACAGUUUGCCAUCACGGAUGUGCACUCGUUCUUAUGUUUCACAAAGCAGCCCAAAGGUUUGCCCUCAAGAGAGAAGAAAACCCGGUCCAAAGCCUGGUCCAAAGCCAGGUUUAAAACUAGUUGUGAAGCCAGGUCCAAAAUCUGGUCCAAUUUCUGCUUUAAAACCAGGUCCAAAACCUGGUCUAAAACCUGGACCAAAGCCUAGUCCAAAAUCUAGUGCUAAACCUGGUCCAAAACUUGGUCCAAAAUCUGAAGCUAUGCCUAAUGUAAAACCUGAUCCUAAACCAGGUUCAAAAAACACAGGGUCCACAGAAGGUACAAAGCCUGGUCCAAAGACUGGUUUACGGCCUGGCCCUAAAACUGGUCCAAAAUCAGGUUCUAAUCUAGGUUCAGAUAAUCUUCCAAAUACCACAGAAUCAAAACCAACUGAGAGGCCAAAGUCUAAAGGCCCUGGUCGACCAAAAGGCCUCACCUCUAAGAUCAAAUCAAGAAAACAAGAUAAAAAUGUUCAGAUUACAACAGACCAUACCAAGGACACAAGCUCUAUAAACGAAUUUAUUCAGCAGGAUGUGACUACAGAUUUAACUCUGGACAAAGUUGUUGGGGUUGUGAACACCUCUAUGGAUGAAACCACUUUGGAAUCUGCUCAAGAUAGUACUUGUGUAAAAUCUUUAGUAAAAGGUCCAAAGUCAAUGGUGCUGAGAUCACGGAAACAAACAAAGGAAAAAGUGACUGAAGAAAAAGAGCAAGAGAGUGAUAAAUCUACAGAGACACCAUCAAAAAAACUCACAGGAACACAGUUGCAGGACGUUACUGUAGACCAGUCAUGUGGGACAAAAUCAUCAAAUCUUGAAUUACCUAAGGAGGAGGAUGUCUCAACAGACUCACUCCAACAACCUAAUGAAGAGAUAUUUUCCAUCAAAAGAAAAUCUAGUUUACACUCCUCAGACCCCCCAAAAAGAAAGAGAGGUGUGAAAGCAAGCCAAACGAAGACACAGGGACCUCCAUUAGAAACAGUCAUGGAAGUCUGCAUUCCAAAGGGAAAGUGGAAGAGAGGGCAGCAUUUGCUUACAGAAUCUGUAAGCAGCAAUGUAAUAACAGAUAACCCUCCUACUGAUGGCAUCAGUGACUUGCCUUCUGUGCCUCCUCAGUGUCCCACUAAAACAAAAUAUUUGCCUCCUCGGAAAGGCAGGGGACUUAAAUAUGAGGCAAUGGUUCAGAAAAUCACAUCCCCAGGAUCCAAAAAGCAACCUCUAAAUAUCCAACCAGAUAUUGUGCCAGAAGAAUUAACAUCAAAACUAGCACCACAGGAACCAGAGCAAAGGGAGAUGAUGAAUGCCCCAGAGGUUGCACACGAGGAGGGCGAUAGCACAAUGAGUACCCAAGAGGUCGAAACCACAGCAGUAAUUCAAACUCCAAGAAAGAAGAGGAGAAAGUGGGCCACUGUAGAGAGCUGCGAUGCACCAGAGGUAGCUUUGGAAGUUGGGAGCCUUAUCAACACACCAAGGCUAGCCAAACAGAGAGCUAUUAAAAACAAUCACGAGAUGCAUCUGAAGCAACGAAAGAGGAGAAGAAAAGGCAUUGAACCAGCAGGAAGCAUUCCCAAAGUGGAGCAACAGGAGCCUGUUCAACCUGAUAUUCCACUCCCAUCUCCACUGUCAUCUUCUUUGCCAGAAACAGGUGAACAGACACAGUAUGAGAAGCCACUAACAGAACUGUGCCCACCAGUAAUAAAAGCCAAAAGAGGCAGGUGGCCAUCACUCAAAAAGAAACAGGAGGAAGCCUCAAGUCAAACAGCAGAUGACAAAGUACAGGAGAAAAGAAAGCCUGGACCUAAGAAAAAGAUUCAAAUGAAUUUUAAUGUCCUCAAAGUUGUAGUGAAGAGACCUAAACUGAAGAGGAAAUGUACCAAGGAUUUUUCUCCAACAGUGAAGGGAACAUUAUCAGACUUGUAUCCAUUGCAGAGUGAUGGCAAAUGUUCUUUCAGACCAUAUGUACACAUUGACAGCUCUUUGGAGCCAACGUCCCUUUGUACCAUCGUCAACAGGCCUGAGGAAGAGCAUCUGCUCACCCAGGCAAGAAAAAAGAGUGCCGCUGACAUAAAAAAUCUAGUCACAGUUACCGAGGCAAUAUCAAACACCUCAGUAAUGCUCCAGGGGCCCUUAGUUAACAAAAGCCUAAUUGACAGGUGUCUAACGUGCUGCUUAUGUGGAAAGCCGUCAAAUUACAGAGAGCUUGGGGACUUGUGCGGUCCCUAUUAUCUCGAGGAUGGUGUACCGCGGAAAAUGCUGUCUUUAACACACAGGAGUGAUUUCGUGCAGAGCAGCAACACUGCAAAAGAGACAGAAGCCAGCUGCAACAUAGAGCUCAUAAACUCACAGAGUGCAUCUGAGAAGGAUGCACAUCAGAAGAGGAUGAAUGAAGGACGUAGCGGGCAUCCUAGGAGGGGGAAAAGGGCAAUUAGGGAACAGUUAAGAACCCGCCCCACCUUGUGCAUGAGAUUCAAAAGACUGCUGCUGUUACAGAGCAGAAUUAGUGGAACUGCUCCCUCUGAUGGUGAGGAGGAGAGUAGAACAACUCUGCAGAGAUUGCAGAUGGAGGCAGAGGCUAAAGAGCACUGGGCACAUGAAGCUUGUACUAUCUGGACCAGAGGCAUUAUCCUGGUAGCAGGAAAACUCUAUGGGCUGAAAGAGGCUGCUCAGAGCGCUGCACAUGCAAAAUGCUCCAGGUGCCAGAGUGAGGGAGCUUCCAUCUGCUGCAGCUGGAAGAGCUGUACUCAGCGUUACCAUUAUUUCUGCGCCAAAGAGAUGGGCUGCAUGUUUCAAGAAGAGACCUUCUCAGUUAGGUGUCCUAAACACAAGGCAAUGUAAAAUGCCCGGUGAAUGAGGACUGGUGUAAACAGAAAUGCAAAAAGGGACAUAUGUCUGCCUGUGUGCUGCAAGUUGCUUUGGACACCUGAGACAGAGGAAUAAACUGGUACUGUAGCAAUACUGACCCGAGAGAAGACCAUUUCUCAAUCCACCCAGACUGGUCUAAACACAACACCCUUCAUGAGCAAAUACUGAAAAAGGGAAAGACACUUUUGUUGUGAAUCCAAAUGUGCCAUUCUUCCAUUUUUUUUCUGUAAUCUGGAGCGGAUGUUAUCAGUCGAGGACACCUGGUGGCAGAUUUGGAUGGCUGCCGUGAGCACUGGCUGGCACAGUCAUAUUCCCACUGUUGAAGGGGAUUGAAAUUUGAAGAUGUCAUGCAUCAUACACUCACUGGAUGUAUUUUAAUGAACACUUACAUGCUACUAAGAAAAAAAUAAAAUAAUGAAAUCGUACAUGUUGUGCUUUACAGGUCUAAAUAUUCUGAUAUCAUGGAAAAAAUUAUAUAAAUGCAUUAUUUUGAUAUACUGCUACUCCAGGAUGUAGGAUUAUUUUGAUGUGCAUUUGAAGACAAAACAGCACCACUGAAAUGUCCAAGUGUGUUUGGAGAAACAAUAUCCUGCGCUCGUAUUACGUGUAUAAGCUGUUCAGCAUUAAAGGCAUAGUCUCCCCAAAAAUUACAAUCCUGUCAUUGUUUACUCACUCUCAUCUCCUUCAAAACCCAUAUGACUUGCUGUCUUUAGUGGAACACACAAAAAAGGACAUACUGUAUUUUUAGAUUAAAAGACUCAUGAUGCACAAGUUUUGAAUGUUAGCAUGUGCAAAUGAGAUUUUAAAGCUAUGGCACAAGGGAAGAUUUUAAGCAAAUAAAGGCUUAAAUUUCAGUUUGUUCCUCACACAAAGCUAUCGUAUGUCUUCAGAAGGCUUGGAAUAUAGCGCACAAAUCUUAUGGACUACUUUUAUGUUACUUUUUUUUUUUUUUUCAUUUUGGAGCCCGACAUUCCCAGUCCCCAUUCAGUUUCAUUGUAUUUCACUCCACGAAAGAAAGUCAUACAGGUUUUGAAUGACACGAUGGUGAAUAAAUAAUGACAGAAUUGUCAUUUUUUCACUUUUGCGUGAACUAUGAGGUUACGAAAGCCUUGAUUACUGAAGAAGACUGACACAUUUUAAAUUUAUGUUCACUUAAAUGGUGAAAUGAUGCAGAAGAUGACAUUAAAAACUUCAUAGUAAUUUAAUCAGAGAUGUAUAUGUAACUAACAUGCUAUAGACUUCACUCCACUGCAGUAUUACAGGUAAGAACGCACAUAGAGAUGACAGAACCAUCGCAUAAUUAUUUGAUUCCUAAUUCUAAGUAACUGUGUAUAUAAGUAUUUGAUGCUGUUUAAAUGUAAGAUGUGAUGUACUAUUAUAAUUGUGUAUAGUAUUUCUUAGAGAUGUUUAUUUUCUAUAAAACAAAUAUGUUAUUGCUUACAAAAGUUAUUAAACUGAUGAA